CUACGCUCUGACAUUCAUGAACAUUCUGGGCUCAUGAAGGUAGGGGUACAACUAGCGCUCUCUUUUGGAUCAUCUCGAGGAAGCACCGUACAUCAACCGUAUUUGCAUUUUAGAGUGUAUAUCCCCCAUCUCGUCCCCUACUUAGCCACGAGGCUAGCUUGCGGUCAUUACUACCAUGGCGCAAGCACUUAAUACCAUUUACAAGUGGGCCGUUCCCGCAGCCGUUGCCCUCAGCAUCGGGCAAGCCUCUAUGUACGAUGUCAAAGGUGGCACCCGCGCCGUCAUCUUCGACAGGUUGUCUGGUGUCAAGGAGGAGGUCGUCAACGAGGGGACUCACUUCCUGAUCCCCUGGCUACAGAAGAGCAUCAUAUAUGAUGUGCGCACGAGGCCGAGAAACAUAUCCACGACAACCGGAAGCAAAGACCUGCAGAUGGUUAGCUUGACGCUGAGAGUACUGCACAGGCCAGAGGUUACUAUGCUGCCUAAGAUCUAUCAGAACCUUGGCCAAGAUUACGAUGAGCGUGUGCUGCCUUCCAUCGGUAACGAAGUCCUCAAGUCCGUCAUUGCGCAGUUCGAUGCCGCCGAACUCAUCACACAACGUGAAGCCGUUUCGAACCGCAUCCGCACCGACCUACUUCGCCGCGCUCAGGAGUUCCACAUCAACCUCGAGGAUGUUUCAAUUACACAUAUGACUUUCGGCAAGGAAUUCACUCGUGCCGUUGAGGACAAGCAGAUUGCGCAACAGGAAGCCGAGCGGGCACGCUUCAUCGUCGAGAAAGCGGAACAGGAGAGGCAGGCUAGCGUUAUCCGGGCUGAAGGUGAAGCCGAGGCCGCUGAAACGAUUUCAAGGGCGGUCGCAAAGAGCGGCGAUGGGUUGAUCCAGAUUCGACGCAUUGAGACGCAGAAGGAGAUUGCGCAGAUGAUGGCACAGAAUCCGAAUGUAACUUGGGUGCCUAGUGGUCAGGGGGGCGGCGACGGCAAGAGUGGUGGUAAUUUCUUGUUGGGCCUGCGAUGAGGAGGGGAAGCUGGAUUUGUGGGCACCUUGUAAAGAUAUUGGGAUCCCAGAGGAAGUAACAGAGCGCGGCAUGGCAUAGCGUGUUACUAUGGUGUCGUUCUUUGCGCAAGUAUAUUUCAAGGACAAAGAUCAACUAUCUAGCAUGUAGGCAUAUACAGAAAUGUCGAUUGAUUCUCCUCUUUUAA